AUGAAUGAUUCGGUUUCAACUCCAAUACAGACCCCAACAAAUGUCAAGAGUGAUAGUGAACUAAAUUCAGACAACAUAGCACCUACAAAAGAUGUUAUUCCACCACCACCAACAGCAACAACAACAACAACAACAACCACUAGCAUAGAGGACAAUAAACCACUGUCACCUCCAAUUCCAUCUCCAAAAGCUACAACAACUGAAGAAGAAAAAUCUGAUAAAGCUGAGAAUGAUGAUACAGCAAUCAAAAAGCAAAAGACUGAAGAACCAGAUUCACAACCUCCAAGCUCGGCCCCAGAGCAAGAUCAGCAGAAUGAUUCUGCAGAAGUUGAAGAUGGAAUUCCAAAGCAAGAGGCACAAAAACCUUUAUUAGUGGAUACUUCAAACAUGACCCCAGCUCCUAAACCACCAGCAGAACCAGAUAUGAACAACUUACCAGAAACUCCUAUGCCAAAACACCAAGCAGGUUAUGCCAGUCGUACUUUGAAAAAUAUAAAGAGAAUGAAAGAUGCUGCUCCAUUUUUGCAUCCUGUUGAUACCGUUAAGCUUCAAAUUCCAUUGUAUUAUAAUUUUAUCACAAGACCAAUGGAUCUUUCUACAAUAGAGAGAAAAUUGAAUGCUAAUGCUUAUGCUGAGUUGAAGGAUUAUGUUGAUGAUUUUAAUUUGAUGGUGGAUAACUGUACACGUUUCAAUGGUGCUGAAUCAGGUAUCGCUCAAAUGGCCAGAAAUAUACAAGCUAGUUUUGAAAAGCAUAUGCUGAAUGCCCCACCAAAAGAGCUACCUCCUUCUGCUACAGCUUCUAAGACUACCACAGGAGCCGGAAGAAGAAAACAAAGCUCAACUCCAGGUGAAUUGAAUGCUUCAGGUGUUCCAACUAUUAGAAGGGAUUCAACAGCUAAUGGUGGAAGACCAAAAAGAGAAAUUCAUCCACCAAAACCUAAAGAUAUGCCUUAUGAUAUUAGACCAAGAAAGAAGAAAUAUGUUCCUGAAUUAAGAUUUUGUCAACAGGUUUUAAAAGAAUUAGUUUCCAAAAAGUAUGAAUCUUUUAAUUAUCCAUUUUUGGAACCUGUUGAUCCUGUUGCAUUAAAUUGUCCAACUUAUUUUGACUACGUUAAAGAACCAAUGGAUUUGUCAACAGCGCAGAACAAAAUCAACAACAAUAUUUAUGAAAAUGCUGAUGAAUUUGAACGUGAUAUUCGUUUGAUUUUCCAAAAUUGUUACACAUUCAAUCCAGAAGGUACUGCAGUUAAUAUGAUGGGUCACAGAUUGGAAGCAAUUUUUGAUAAAAGAUGGGUCGAUAGACCGGUCACUCCACCUAGUCCAGCACAAGUUUCAGAGGAUGAAGAUGACUCAGAUGAUGAAGAAGAGGAAGAAAUUGAUGAAUCCAUGAUUACAAACCCUGCGAUUCAAUUCAUGGAGCAACAAUUGGAAAGAAUGCAUCAAGAAUUGGCUAAACUGAAGAGAGAAGAAUUGAAUAAAAUUAGAAAAGAAAGAUUACAAAAGAAGAAGAAAAACUCAAGAUCUAAGAAGAAGAGAAAAAGUAGUUCAGCUGAUAGUUCAAUUAUUGUCACUUAUGAUAUGAAGAAAGAAUUGAGUGAGAAGAUCUAUGAGUUGCCAGAAAAGAAACUGAACCAAGUUUUAAGUAUCAUUAGUCAAAGUCUGAAUCUGAACAAUCAAGCCGGUGAAGAAAUUGAGCUAGAUAUGGAUCAAUUGGAUAAUACAACUUUACUGAGAUUAUACAACUUCAUUGUUAAGAAAAGACCUUCAUCUUCGGCUUCUAAUGGAUCAACAAGUCGUCGUCCAACAAGUAAGAAAUCUAAAAAGGGUAGAAACUUGUCAGAAGCUGAACAAUCCAAACAAAUUGAAAGCCUCAAAAAGAAAAUCGAAUUGUUUGACCAAUCUAAUAAUGGCGGUGCUGCUAAUGAAUCAGAAGAAGAUUCAGACGAUGAUCUAAGCUCUGAAAGUUCCGAAGAGGAAUGA